AUGUUCACUUGGUCUGGACGAGUCAUCAAUCGGAAGCCACCUAAUAACUUGGAUUGCAAUGAAUACAAUCCCAAAUCUCCGUGUGAUUCUGAAAAAGAUGAAUCAAAAGGAAACAAAGUGAAUGAAGGCGUUCAAUCGGAAAGAUCAAAAGGAAACGAAGUCGAUGAAGGCGUUCAAUCAAAAGGAAACAAAGUUGAUGAAGGCGUUCAAUCGGAAAGCCAGCCUGAAGAUGAAAGUGACAAAAGUGACGAUGAGAAUAGGAAUGACUGGGUGGUAUUCAACCAGGUAUGUUAA